AUACUUUUAAAUGAUUAUAUUGACAAACUUACUGAAUUAAUGUAAGAAAAGUCAUUUGCAUUGCAUUGCAAUACACUUACAAUUAUUCAGAAUUUUUCGAUGUUCGCGUUGUGUUCGCAAAUGAGAUAGCUUAAUUAAUUAAUUAGUCGUAAGAAAAGGAAGGACAGUGUAUCCUAAUAUUGAUUUAUUACAUUCGGGCCUAUAGCGAAUGCAGGUUGUGAUUGAUUCACCCUCUCGUUCCGAUAAGGACGGAGAUAUUAACUUCGUAUGUUAAAGGGAGAUAAAUAGUGUUACGGAGUGCAUCCGUCAUCGAUCGAGUCUCGUUUUAUUUUAUUUAGAGGGCGAGUUAGGGCUUACAUCGGGGACCUAAGCAGCAGUACAGUUUUACGUUAAUUUUAAUAAAUAAAGUAUUAUAUUAGAUUCCUUAGUGCUAAACUACUUUGCAGGUAGUUUCAUCUGUCUUCUGACAAUGGAGCCGAAAAUAUGCAGUGUACUUGAUUGUGGCAGUAGAAGUGAUCAAGGUGACCCGGAAAUUUAUUUUUAUGGAUUCCCAAGGAAGCCGAAAUAUCGCAAAGUUUGGAUAGCUGCAACUGGUCGUGAGCAGUGGUCUGCAAAGAGGAGCUCUAGGAUUUGCAGCAAGCACUUCCUACCCGCUUGCUUUGCUGAGGGAGAGGGGAAAUCUCUGCUGGAGGACGCUGUUCCAACUGAGUUCAUCAAGACUGCGGCUCCUGAGAACCCUCAGCGGUCGUUUACACCUCUGGAUGCAGUACUUUCCGAACAAUGUUUGGAGCCCGACGAAAUAGAUGAACUGGCCGAAUGGUCGGAAUCGGAUGUAAUCAAUUUCAUCAAGAGUGUGGACUUUGAUAAACCUCUGCGGACGUCGACACCUCUGGAUAUAGAACUUUGCGAUCAAUAUUUGGAGCCAGACGAAAUAGAUGAAUCGGCCGAAUGGCCCGAACCAGGACUGAACUAUUCACUGAAAAUGGGCUAUCCAUCUGAAGACCAAGCCGGCCCUAGUAUGAUAGUAAUAAGAAGCACAGCAGUAGCAGUACCUGUUCCAGGAACAAGUGCUACAGUUACUGAAGCAGAAUUUACAAAGGAGCCUGGCAGUGCAUCUGUAGUAACACCUCCACAGUCAUCUACCAAUGAGGUAACGAGCCCUCCGGAAGAAUUGACAGCGACACUUUCAGUUCGAUCCACAACUAGACCCGCAACGCCCGAAAGACAUGGUGCACCAAAACCUACAAAAUCUGAUACGAGUGCUAAAGAGGGAUCGAAAUCUAGCAUUCUUCCACCAUGGGUAAGAAUCCCCCCUGAAUGUCCUGCCCGUAAUCCUAAAGAAGCAGGUUCCACAUUCAGAAAGAAGCUGUUCGCUUUCCUUCGCUGUCCACACAACCCUUUGGAUAUAGAGUCUGAUUUACGAACAUUAAUUUCGUUGGGGGUACAUAUUUUUAUUCUACGCAGAGGCAACUUCAGAUCUGUGGUCAAUUCGCUUUUUCGCUACCUUAUGAAGGCAUAAGCAAGCAACUGUCAAAUAACGAAGCAGUUACCAAUGUCACCGAAAGAUAAGUAGCAAAAUCAAGCAAUUGAUGGUUCUUGUUAUUUUCGGGUGACAUCUAUUAGUCAAGCGUAAUGCCAAAUAAUAGUGAUACGCGUAUAUUUACCCCGAACCCCUUUAAAAUAAUCACUGUAAAAUUGUAAUCACUUUUUGUAGUACUAUUUAUCAAAAUAUUUAGACUACUGCGAUUUUUUCGCAUUAUUUUGAUAUGGAUGUCUAAAUUAGUAGCACUUGAUAUGUACCUACUUUUUAUUUAUGAGUAAGUGCCAAAACUCUUUACAUAAGGGAGAACAUUCGCACAUCAUUAACUACCGACUACAAAUCUGCUGAUGCUCAUAUUAAGCAGUAAACGAUAUUUCGUUUAACAUUAAAAUAUAGUGAUUUGUCGCUUUUGUAGAAGUAGAUUAAGCAUUUGUGAAACUGAUAAAAAUUGACUGAACAGAAAGGCACUAAAAAAUAUUGUAACAAAUUGAGAACCUCCUCCUUUUUUAAGUCGGUUGAAAGCGCACAUUCUGCAUAUUCUUUACAUUAGACAAUAAGGAAACUUUACUUAUUUAUGUGUGUGUAGUAUUAUGAAGAUUUCGUGGGAGUAUUCGCUAUUGUUGAAAUGAGAAAUAGUGCUAAAAUAUUAUGGUUUUCAUCUUUUCACAACUGAUAAAAAAGGUGUACGAUACUACGGACCAUUUUUGAAUGACAAAGAUAAGUUUAUUUUGUCUUUUUAGCUUAUAACUCAUUAGUAGCGAAUGCUUACGGAAAACCGUAUCUUUAUCGUAAUUAUGUACUCGUCUGUCUAUACUUAAUACAUAAUAUUAUUAAUGAAA